AUCUGGCUUUAGUUAUUCGUAAUAAUAUCUGCCUUAGAGACUGGAUGUCAACUUUGUUUGAUGACAGCUUACUACCUUGAUGGUGCUGCUACAUAAACACACGUUGUUGUUAUUGACUGACGUUGCUCCAGAUUGCGUCUGCCCGCCCUCCCGCAGCAGCAGUAGCUGCAGCUCCUCCCGGAACCUUCGCAAGGGGCAUCAGCAGCGGAGGGAAGGAGUUGUGGAAGCGACGUGGAAGCGGUGCCAGACAGUAACUUCAUUGAAGAAUGGACAGUGGGACUGAAGGGAGCCUCAUUAAGAAACGGUUUGUAACUGAGGCUGAAUUAGAUGAAAAGCGCAAAGCAAGACAGGAGGAAUGGGAAAAGGUUCGAAAGCCUGAUGAUCCAGAAGAAUGCCCUGAGGAGGCUUACGAUUCUCGAUCAUUGUUUGAAAAGCUUCAAGAACAGAAAGAUAAGAAACAAUCCGAAUUUGAGGAGCAGUUUAAAUUUAAAAAUAUGGUAAGAGGCCUCGACGAGGAUGAAACAAGCUACCUUGAUGAGGUUUCCAGGCAGCGGUUGCUCAUAGAGAAGCAACGGAGAGAAGAGGAUGAUAAAGAGCUAAAAGAAUGUAGAAGUGCCCGCACAAAACUAACGACAAGUGUUGAAUCUAAAAAAGACCAAGAAAAGAAAAUGGCUGCCAAGCCAGCAGAAACCAAGAAUAAAUUCUCGCAAGCAAAGCUGUUAGCUGGAGCCGUAAAACGCAAAAGCUCAACGAGUUCUGAAAUGGUCAAAAAGCAGAAGGUGGAUAAUGUUGAGGGAAGCGGGCAAGCUGAUGAUGUCUCCCGUGAUCAAAAACAGUUUUACUCGAGUGGUGCGGCAAUUCAACAUCCGUCAGCUUCUGUGUGUGUCGGGAUACUACCGGGCCUUGGUGCCUACUCGGGGAGCAGUGACUCUGAUGCAGAAUCCAGCUCUGACAGUGAUAUCAUCAUCAACACAGGGGGACGAAUCAUAUCUUCAGUCUUUCGGUCCCACCCUUUUCCAGAAAGCCCAUGAGGUGGCAGCGACGGAGGGCACAGUGUUAUUUGUAUUUAGAGAUGUCUGUAAUACAAAGUUUCCUGUGUGAAAUGGCAAUAUUUGUUUGGACUGCUUAACCUUUGGCGAUGGUGUUUGAGCACAGAAUUACACAUCCCCGGUUGGUUCUGAACUUUGACUACAUACUGACUGCACUAACCACCACAGAGUAAGUGACUUGCGAUUUGUGUCCAAAGGCUAGAUACGAUGUCAAAUACCAUCAAUAUUUUAAGUGUGAAUAAUUGUUUUACACUUGCAUGUAUUUAAAAAACAAAAACUUUUAAAGUUAAGGUAAUAGAACAGCUUGCUGUUGAUAUCCAGCCAGGGAUAAGCCAGUUUACUUUGAAGUUUUGGGGAAUAAAUUCUCUCUUCCGAGUGUU